AUGACCUUUGUAACGUUCUCUUCCAAAGGAACUUGGAAUCCUAUCAUGACUUCUGAUACAACCAUCCAAAGUUACUGGCUGAAUUGGAAAUUUUUUGUUUGUGUCGUUUCAAUCCUUCUUUCAACCAUCUUUUCAUUAUUACUUAUAUGGAAGUAUGAGGUUUUAAUUUCAUCAUGGAAGUCAAAGACAAAUGAUAACAUAGAAAUCCAGAAACAAACAUCAUCAUCAUCAUCAAGUUUGUACUUGUAUGAAGAUGAAACAUGGAAGCCUUGUCUUAAAGGAAUUCACCCUGCAUGGUUGUUAGCUUUUAGAGUUUUUGCAUUUAUUGUCCUUUUGGUGCUUCUCAUACUCACUGCUACUAUUGAUGGAGGAAGCAUUUUUUAUUAUUAUACUCAGUGGACUUUUACUUCAGUUACUGUCUAUUUUGGGCUAGGAUGUUUGCUGUCCAUGCAUGGAUGUCACCAACAUCAUAAAAAAGCAAGUGGGGAUAAGGUGAACAAUGUGGAUGUAGAUUCUGAGCAAGGAAUUGAUGAUUCAUCUAUACUGCCUCAAAGUUCUAAUCAAUCUAGUCAUGAUAAAUCUCAACAAGAACAUAUUGUCCGCAAUCAUGCCGGCAUUUGGGGUUAUAUCUUUCAAAUACUAUUCCAGAUUAAUGCAGGUGCGGUAAUGCUGACAGAUUGUGCAUUUUGGUUCAUAAUUGUUCCUUUUUUAACCAUCAAAGAUUACAAUAUAAGUUUAUUGACCAUAAGUAUGCAUACCAUCAAUGCUGUUUUUCUGUUAGGAGACACAGCUUUAAAUUGCCUGCAUUUUCCUUGGUUUCGAAUAGGAUACUUUUGCCUAUGGACAGUUACAUAUGUCAUUUUUCAAUGGAUUGUUCAUGCUAUAGUUAAACUAUGGUGGCCGUAUACAUUUCUUGACUUGUCAUCCCACUAUGCUCCAUUAUGUUACUUGUCGAUGGCGUUACUGCAUAUUCCCUGCUAUGGUAUCUUCAUAUUGAUAAUGAAGGUUAAACACAGUGUGUUGUCAACGCGGUUUCCUCACUCGUAUCAAUGUGAAAGAUGA